AUGCCGGUCGCAACCGAAGAAAAGGCCUUCGGGGCCCAGGACUUCAUCGCCUUCGACUUUGGGGCUGAACAGGAGGAGGAUGUGCCGCAGUCCUCAUCAGCUUCCCGCUCUCGUGGCGGAAGGAACCGGGACGAUGACGCUCCAGGUCCAUCACGCAAAGGUCAGAAGCGCAAGGCGGAGGAGCGCGAAGACGACGGUCGCUCCAAGAAGGAGAGGGAGAUGGCCAGGUCGCGUCACACGCCAUGGUCCGCCGACGUCGACUGGGCCAAGUGCCAGAACGGUGCUGAAGCGUUGCAUCGCGAGCUCAUGGCAUUCGACCACUGGAUGGCGCCCACCGCUGCCGAGCACGAGACGCGCUGCAUGGUCAUCGAGCUCAUCAGCCGCGCCAUCAAGUCUCAAUUCCGCGACGCCGAAGUGCACCCCUUCGGAAGCCAAGAGACCAAGCUCUACCUUCCGCAGGGUGAUCUCGACCUCGUCGUCGUCAGCCGCUCCAUGGCCAACCUUCGAACGCAGUCUGCUCUUCGCACCAUGGCAGCCUGUUUGCGACGCCAUAACCUCGCCACCGACGUGCAGGUGAUUGCCAAGGCCAAGGUGCCCAUCAUCAAGUUUGUCACCACCUACGCGCGCCUCAAGGUCGACAUCUCGCUCAAUCACACCAACGGCCUCACCACAGCGAGCUUCGUCAACAGCUGGCUGCGAAAGUGGCCACACAUCCGACCGCUCAUCAUUGUGGUCAAGCACCUCCUCAUGCAGCGAGGCAUGAGCGAGGUCUUUUCGGGCGGCCUGGGAAGCUACAGUAUCAUCAUCAUGGUCAUCAGCUUCCUCCAGCUUCAUCCCAAGGUGCAGCGUGGCGAGAUCGAACCAGGCCGCAGCCUCGGCGUGUUGCUGCUCGAAUUUCUCGAGCUUUACGGCAAAAACUUUGGCUACGACAACUGCGGCAUCUCGAUCCGUGGGCGAGGCGGAUACUUCAGCAAGGCGCGCCGUGGGUGGAAGGAUGAGCGAAGACCCUUUAUGCUCUGCAUCGAGGACCCGCACGAUCCCUCGAACGACAUCUCCAAAGGCUCCUUUGGCAUCAUCAAUGUCAGGUCCACGCUGGCCGGUGCGUUCGACAUCCUCACAGCAGCCAUCUGCCAGCAGGCAAACGAGGCGGGUCCGAGUCGCAGCGCGCGCACCGACAGCGGGCGCAAUAAGCACCGUCGCUUCUCGGUCGAUUCGGAUUCGGACUCGGAUGCCGAGGCGCGCCGUGCGCUCGUGCGCGACUCGACCGCCGAGGGCGGCAAAGACGACAAGGACCCCAACAGUCUGCUGGGCACCAUCUUGGGUAUCUCGAACCCGGUCGUGCGACAGAGGAAGGAGAUGGAGGAGCUCUUUUACUCGGGAUCGUUGCAGUUCAAGCUUGGCCGACCGGCGCCACCCAACAGUCCGCCUCCGGCCCGUCCGCGCGAGGUGCGUGACUCGAAAGCAGACGCUCCCGCCCCUAAGGCGCAGAGUGCGCGACAGAGCAAGCCGAGCAAAGACAGUAAGCCGGGCAAAGACAGCGGCGUAGUCGCGAUCAGCGAGACGGCGAGCACGGGCAAGCGCGGUGCCAUGCCGAGCCUCUCUAUCCGUGGCUCAGCGAAUGCAGCCAAGGCCUCUAGCAGCGCUCCUGCCCCUGCGAAGCGCAAAAAGGAAGCUCGCGCCGAGUCGUCGGAUGACGAUGAGGUGCAGUUCGUAGGAGCGCGCAAGGCGGGGGAUGAGAGCGAGGAGGACUCGAGGUACAGUGCAAGUCGUUCGGCCAAGAAGCGCACGCGCAAGGCCACGGCCGAAAUCACGCAGGAAGAGCUCGAGGAUCUGUCGCAGUCGGCACCCUCGACGUUUGUGUCGGACAACAGCGAUGACGAACGAGUGGAUGCUGGUAUUCAGCUGCCAACACUCGAGACGAACGGUGGCACCAAGGCAUCGCCAAAGACGUUGGGUGGCGCAAGGGGUAUGGCGAGGAUUUCGUCGCGCACCAAGAACGACUUCUGGGCCGCCAAGGGCGUCGACACGUCGGGCGAGCCGUCGCCUUCACCACCUCCUGCAGACGAGUAG